AUGGGGAAGGGUUUCGUCAAUGUUUUCGCCAUGCCACCCCUCCGUAAGCUGGGUUCAUCGAUGUCUAACACAAUUCGGGGCGCUGGCAGGCCGCUCGACGCGGGACGCCGUGGUCGUGGUCGACGAGAUCCUUCGACGAUUUCAUUCGUGAAGUUCGUAGACGAUUUGAUCGCGAUGACGGUGACGGACAGCUUCGAGGGUAUCUCCGAGUUUUUGUUUUUCCUCCAGGCCGAAAUUGAAAAGCGGGGCCUGCGUCCCAACAUCCCCAAAACGGAGCUCAUGGUUGGAAUCGCCGGCCAGGGGUGCAAAAAACUACGGAGACAAGUCAAGAGUAAGCAAACAGGGGUGCAUAUGAAAAGCCGCGACGGUGCUCGAUUCGAUGUUCACGCACUUCCUCAUGUCAAGUACUUGGGGGUCCGGCUCUCGGUGCAAGGAGCCAUGCGGGAAGAAGUUGCGGCCCGGCUGCAAACCGCAAGUCUCGUUCACGGGCGUCUCUCGCAACGCAUCUUCCGUGACAGUACGAGCACGAGAUUGCGGGUAAGGUUGUGGUGCUCUCUAGUGCGCUCCAUUGCAUUAUAUGCUCUGGAAGUGGCCAUCUUGACCCAAACAGAGGCCACCAGACUGGAGCGGUGGCAGAAAAGGCGGUUGCGACGCAUGCUCCAGCCCCCCGCGCAUCUCUAUCGCGUUCCCAACGAGGGGAUCAGACGGAAAGUGCAAUUACAUAGUGUGCAGUCCACGCUGUUGUUUCGCAGGCUAAAAUGGCGGCAGCAGGUGAUCAAGCCAGGUCUCGAAGAUGAUCCUCCAGAGUACGACCCCAGCAAAGCCGUGCGCGCAGUGGUAUUCGGUCGUCUUUCCUUCGAGUCCCCCCACAAGCUCGUGGCUACUGCCCGCCUUAAGUUGUUGCUUGAAGAUCUCCGGCUUUUCUGGCAGGCUGCGAGCGCCGAGUUCGCGCUGGAGCCCCGUCUUCUGGAGAACCGGCGCUCUCUCGUGAAUGGCUUCAAUGGCUAG